GUCAGAGAAUUCCUAGUGCAGUCCGUCACGCUCAGCAUCUCCCGCACAGCCACCUGCGCGCUGAAUAUCACCAGCACAGCCAUCUGCAGGCACAGCGUCUCUGGCACAGUCACCUGCACAGUGUAUCCAGCGCAGUCGCCUGCGUGGAGGAAUAUCCAACACUGCCAUCUGAGAAAUACACAUCUUCAUAUCCAGAAAAGGAGCCAUAAGCUAACAGUGUGGCCAAGGCAACGAGAGAAAGGGACAAUAUGCCACUGCUCCUCAUCUGCAUUCUCAGCCUCAGUGUGUUCUGGAGGGGAGGCUGUCAACGAGGAGACGAACAGAUCCCACAAUUUAACUUCACUGUUAUCGACACCACCACCAUCACUGGCACUCUACCAGACUCCAGUGAUUCUAUGAGUUUGAGAAAUCAGACCGAAAAUAUCUCAAGCAGCACACCUCUCUCCAUUACUGAAGAUGUAAGCCAUGAAGAUUCAUGGUCAUCUACACCUCCCACCAACACAAUACCAAUGAUGACACCAUCACUGGACAUGGUGAUGCUUACCAUGGCGCCAGCCAAUACAGACCCAACGCUCACUGAGUCUGAUAUAAACACCAUCUUGACCACGGAAGCAACCAACACAACCACCAUACUCUCCGCAUCAGCGACCAAUAGAAGUGCCAGCUUGAUCACAGCAGCGACCAGCAAAACCGCCAUGCUCACCACAGCAGCAACCAGUUUAAGUGCUGCAACCAACAGCAUCCCUACUGUCACUUUAACUGUAGAUAAAAUAAACCCGCACAAAGACAAUGACAAAGAGACAAAUUCUCCAUCGCUAAAUGGGGAAGCAACCACAACCCAAAUGCCUUCCAUCACGUCCCCAAAGAUGCCUGCAUUCAACAGCCAGAACAACACGGAUUACAGCGAUGACAAGCACGAGGAGGAGGAGGAGGAGGAGAUGAAGAAGGGGAGGAGGGACAUGCCCAAAUGCGUGCACGACCCUUGCGCCCACCUGCAGCUGCCCUGCCUGUUGGUUUCCCAGGGAAGCUGCAUGUGCCCGGGCCUGACCCUCAACUCGGUCACUCCGGCACCCCCUCUCGCCGUGGACGCCCAGGACGUGACGGACAGCUCGGCGGAGGUGCGCUGGUGCGCGCCGUACUCCUCCGUCUCCGGGUACGAGCUGCAGGUGCGGGAGGAAGCGAGCGGGGCUCUCACCAGCCACGCCCUGGAGCCCACGUUCAGGAGGUUCAGGCUGACGGCCCUGGGGGAGAGCCGGGCGUACUCGGUGUGCGUGGUUGCCAAGAACCUCGCGGGCCCCUCCCGCCCGCGGUGCACGGUGCUCAAAACCUCCAAGGGCACUGCGGCCGUCACCUACUACCUGGCUGCAGCGGUGGCGGGCUUGGCGGUGCUGGCGCUGGUGCUCGCCGUCUGCCUGUGCCGCCACUGCAGGAAACCGCCGCUGGAAAACCAGCGUAACACAAGCCUAAUUUCCAUCCGAAACCCAGCCUACUACCACCCACAGGAGACAGCAGACAUAUUGAAGGUAUAGGACUAGCUCACAUAAACAUACCUUCAAUGCUGUGUACUCUUGCACUUGGUAGUAUGUACCACCAAGUAUGCAAGCGGGUAGUAUGCACAACAGUUCUCCUGUUUUGGAAAUGUACAUUUGUGCCAUCAUUUUACCAGGAACGUAAUUUAACCUAUAUUAGCUUCAAGCACAUUUGCUUAGUUUUUCAUUCAUUUUUUGACUAAUCACAUUCAUACUAUGUUGUUUGAGGUAACUAAAGAUUCAGAGAAAGAACAAAAAGAAACUUUAAAAAAAAAAAAAAA